CUGGCAACAUUGUUGAUGUCAGUCUCUUCCUUAUUUAAAUUUUCACCGCAAGCGGACGUGUUUAACAUAUUAAUAAAAUACCAAAUUUAUAAACAUACAAAUAAACCGUAUUGCAGCACAAAGCAUAAGUUUGCUUUAUCAUCAGCAACGGGUCUAUACAGCCCGCACUAAAACAAAAUAUCAAGGAACACAUCACUACUUCGCGGCAAAAAUAUGGAAGACGCUUGUACGUACCUGUGUGAACUUACAAUGCGCAAUACAGUUAACGUCAAUUGGAGAUACCAGUAUGCCGAUAUAAUACUCAGCUAACGCUACUUACUACUCUUUUAUGAAUCUUUUGGUCCCAUUUUACGACACCUACGAGAUGGGGCGGUGUUAUUGUAGGCUGAAGUUACACAUUCAGAAGUUCAAUGAAAAAGUAGCAUUUGAUAAGACUAAAUUACCGAAAUUAUUUAAAUAUUUUCGACUUUCCAAAGCCGGAUGGUACGUGGCAAAAAAGACCUCUGGAAUGACCACUGUGGAUGACCGCAGUAGCUCCAGGUAGUAUGGAUGAACUCUACUCCGGUCGCGUGCGGUGCGAUGGUAAAAACGAGAUGCCGGUAUCAUCUCCAACAAUUCCUCAGAGCACUCCCCAUGGAACAUACGAUACAAAAUACAGAGUGAACCGAAGUCCCUCCGCAGACCCAGAGGUUCCAUACGAUCCGUGAGUUUAAAGAUCUGAGUGUCUCGUGGCAAUAUGUAUAUAUAACAACUAUGCGUUGCGAUAGCUUAAUACACAAUGGACAAUGUACAGCAGUAAAUAAAUAAAUUAUUUCAAAAAAUUAAAUUGGGAAUUGUCGAAUGUCGCGUGUGAAUUGUGUGAUUUAACACUUUUUAGUUAUUUUAUGUGAAGCUACGCAAUAAAGUGCUGAAAAAGUGACAAAAAUUGGAUGAAAUGAAUGAUCUUAGUUGAAGACCGCAGUAGAAGUAAUUUGCGCGCAAUAUUUUUAAAUAACAAUUCUUUUAUUAAUGCGUCUUCGAAGUUACGAGUGAAUUAAAUAAUUUGUAGAAUAAUAAAUUGUGUUAUUUGUACAACUUAAUCGCUUUAUCGGGAUAAUAAAAAGACCGCUAUUACUCUAAAUAAAACGGAAGUAAUGGAAGUUAUGAGGUGACAUUUGAAUGAACUUUCAUCCAUCGACAGCCUUUGUUGGUAACGAGAAUGUUUAAAUACAUGAUUUUCUCUCAUAUAAAACCAAAUUACUUGCCACAGAUUUUUUAAGGUUCCUUCUCGGUGGGCAAUGGCCUAGCAGUGUCUGUAUCACAAUCUAUAGACGACCGUAAGGACAUACCAUUAAGUUAGCCGUGUAAUUACUGCUGACGAUGGCAAAAACGCUAAAUUAUAAUCCAUCUAUACGCAAUGAACUGAAAAUUAAAUUAAAACGACUAAUAUAAACUUUUUGAUGGAAAUCAAUGAUAAAUACUGGAAACUAUUUGAUGAUGGCAACAUAAAACCAAUUCCCCGAGACUUCUGCUCGAGUGGAAUCAGAGAUAAGACGAUUUACGCCAUAAAAAUAGAAUUUCCGACCGAUGAACGCAAUAAAUUUAUAAAGGGGAGCUUGACUAAGUUAAACUAAAGCCUGAACUGAAAGUUUAACAGUAAAUUAUAGAUUUAUGUUCAGCGCUACAACAUUGUUCUUUUUUGUAAAGAUCUGAACUGAUCUGAACUCCAUCCCGAGCUAGAUACUUAACCUUAGACAAUAUGAUUAAUAUCGGUAUCGCGAAAUUAAUAACAACGCCCACGAGGCAUGUAGUCAUGUGUCAUCAGGUGAGUCCCAUAUGUUUUUUUAUUGCUUAGAUGGGUGAACGAGCUCACAGCCCACCUGGUGUUAAGUAGUUACUGGAGCCCAUAGACAUCUACGACGUAAAUGCGCCACCCACCUUGAGAUAUAACUAGUCAGGUCAUAAGUAUUGUCACACAGUAAAAACUUUUCUUUUAGAAUGCUGGCCACAAAAAAGUUUAUUGAAUUCGAAUUUCGAAUUGUUCAUGAAAAUAAAAAUGUAUACUUUUAGAAUUUUACUCAUUUUUAAAUAUGGAGUGGACGCUUAAAGAAGACCGUGUUGCAGUUAUUGCGUUGCAUCGUUGCGGUUACGCGCCAAUUCAAAUUUUUAACAUACUGAAAAAUUUGAAUAUAACCAAAAGAUUCGUUUAUCGUACCAUCAAACGAUACAAUGAAGACUCUAGUGUAGAUGACUGGUCAAGAAGUGGUCGCCCUCAGUCUGUUAGGACUCCAGCAGUGAUAAAAGCUGUGAAGGCGCGAAUUCAAAGAAAUCCCAAACGUAAGCAGAAACUGUUGGCCCUUCAGAUGGGGUUAAGCAGAACCACGGUGAAAAGGGUGUUAAAUGAAGACUUAGGGCUUCGGGCAUAUCGAACAAAAACAGGACAUCGUUUGAAUGCUCGUCUAAUGGACCUGAGACUGAAGAGAUGCCGCGCUUUGUUGAAGCGGUACGCGGGAAAAAAAUAUCGGGAAAUUCUUUUUUCGGAUGAAAAAAUUUUUACCGUAGAAGAGAGCUACAACAAACAAAAUGAUAAGGUGUACACACACAGUAGUAAAGAAGCGAGCAACCGUAUUCCGCGUGUCCAACGAGGUCAUUUUCCAUCCUCGCUCAUGGUAUGGUUGGGAGUUUCUUAUUGGGGCUUAACAGAGGUACACUUUUGUGAGAAAGGUGUAAAAACAAAUGCAGUUGUGUAUCAAAAUACAGUCCUGACGAACCUUGUGGAACCUGUUUCUCAUACCAUGUUCAAUAACAAGCACUGGGUAUUCCAACAAGAUUCGGCGCCAGCUCAUAGAGCGAAGAGCACACAAGACUGGCUGGCGGCGCGUGAAAUCGACUUCAUCCGGCACGAAGGCUGGCCCUCCUCCAGUCCAGAUUUAAAUCCGUUAGAUUACAAGAUAUGGCAACACUUGGAGGAAAAGGCGUGCUCAAAGCCUCAUCCCAAUUUGGAGUCACUUAAGACAUCCUUGAUUAAGGCAGCCGCCGAUAUUGACAUGGACCUCGUUCGUGCUGCAAUAGACGACUGGCCGCGCAGAUUGAAGGCCUGUAUUCAAAAUCACGGAGGUCAUUUUGAAUAAACUUUAGUGUCACAAGAAUCUAUGUUUUGUUAAGUUCAUUUUGGUAUAUGAAUGGUUACAUGAUGAAUAAACUUGUUUCAAUUAUUUUACAUUAAACAUGUGACAGAAUUUAUGACCUGACUAGGUAAGUUCUAAGUUCUCAGUAUAGUUACAACGGCUGCUCCUUCAAACCGAAACGCAUUACUGAUUCACGGUAGAAAUAGGCAGGGUGAUGGCACCUACUCGCGCGGACUCACAAAAGGUCCUACCACCAAUGAUUAUGCAAAUUAAAAUUUGCGGUUUCAUUUUUAUUAGAUGAUGUUAUUCGUUCACCGUGGAAGUCAAUCGUGAAAAAUUGUUGAGUACGUAUUUCAUUAGAAAAAUUGAAACCCGCCUGGGAUUCGAACACUGGUGCACCGCUCAACACGAAUGCACCGGACUUAUCCUUUAGGCUACGACGACUUCAAAAUAUACAACUUCAUAUACAACGGCCUUUCCAUUGUUCAACCCGGAACAAGACGAAACAUUGGAAGAUUAUUAUUAGCCACAAGCAAGAAAUUAGUACCUGCCAAGUAAUUAUUCAAACCGUGUUUUUCUGAACGUAAUGACUUUCUUCAUUCGCGGAUUUUAAGGAAGUCAUCAUCGAUAGACACAACGGCUUAAAUGUGCCUCUGGCUAAUAUAUGGGUGACUAUGACCACCCACCAUUAAAGAGGCUUUGUGGCUCACCUGUGUUGAAGGCGAUGAAAAAAAGGGCUUACAAUUUUGUGGGUUUUGAUUUUAUUUAUCAAAGCCUUAUAUUGGAAAUCGUUGAUGGCCACGGGUAAUUAUGAACCAUUUAAUUAUGUGCUUUCAGGUUUUAAUUCAUACCAGUGGUCCCGCAGUAGUCGAAAUUCGACUUUAAUUAAUUGAAUUUAUAAAUUUUAACAUUAUUAUGGUUCCGUUGUCAAAGGCAAUUAAACUUCUAUAGUCACAGAUUUCGCCAAGAGUACACUAUAGACAAAUAAUAUUAAAGAUAAACAAUAUUAUCCUAUUCUCAAUUUGACCACAGACUUUAAGCAAUAACAAAAGUUUGACAAUAAACAAAGAGUAUGACGGCGUUAACGAUAUUUAUGUUAUAUAGCACGUGCAAUAGGAGUGACUCACACAAACCAGGUGCGCCGGCCGUGUCGUUCCACUCGUAAACAACAGCUGCAACAGAGGUGACUCAUAAGCCAGCUGCGCCGGCUAGUAUAAAAAGGCGGAACGUGCCUUGAAAUGAACAUUCGUUGGACUGCGCUUGCCUGGUGCACUUACUAUAUUCUUGUUACGUUGUGUGAUUCAGUGACUGUUGUACGUACUGGUUAAAGUUGGACAAGUGUUAAAGUGAAUUGUUACGAUAACAUAUUGUUGAUUAAAUCAGGAAUCAAAAAGUGACAUCGUUUUACUUGGUGUUCAACAAGAUAAUGUCUACCCUCAAGCCUACAUCAGAAGUGAGAUCAGGACUCUACUCUCACUGGCGUGACGUGUUUGAACAUGUUCGAAGUACAGCAAAAAAAACAUGAUGCAGAUCAGAAUACUAGUAGUGGUACGCCACAAGAGCGUGAAUGCAGCAUACGUAAGUCGUGUAAUAACGUCUCUGUUACCUCGAUGGAAGAUCUGAGCCACGAAGAAAUCGUCACAUCUUACGUUCUGGCUCAUGUUGCCCAGUUGACUCUCGACUUAUCACAUGGCAUUUACUAGCGGAAAUACAACACGUAACAAGCUAUUGCAAGAAAUUAAGGCAAGUGCAAAUCUCAAGUGAAACUUCGAUCGCAAUAAUGGAUCUGUCAUGACGAGUGGGUAGUUCCGACACGAAUCGUUUUUAAGCCAAUGACUACUGCUAGAGUUACAUGGCACUAGUACAGUAAACCAGGACAUGAGACUGUGAAUUGUCGCUGAAAUUUUAGAAUCUACUCGAUUCAAUACCAAUAACACUACACGUUCGAUGACUUCGGGCUCCAGCAAGCAAGCAAACAAGAAAGCAAGCAAAUUUCCGUGGGGAAGAAAAAUUGACACAUCUGAAGUCGUCGUGACCUGUAAGAUAAGACGUCCGGUGCGUUCGUGUCGGGCGAUGCGGCGGUGUUCGGGUUCCGCUGGCGGAUGCAGGUUUUUCCGGUGAAGUGCGUGCUUGUGCGUGCUUGACAAGUGUUCGCGGUUGGCUUCCUCAGUGUGGGAGUAACAUCGUGUAAGAGAGGUGGAACCCGUAAAAUUGUAGUUUGCGUGGUGGCUGGUAAGAUUUGUUGCGGUAAGAAGUUUGCAUGGUGGUAAAAUGUCUUGUGAGUCUGCACAGGUAGCCGGAGGUGAGACUUCCGCGGUCGCGGCCCACCCAGUCCGCGAGAACCGGGCAGAUCGCCUCGACGGUACGGAGGCCGGCUGACGGGUCCGCCAAACGACGAGACCACGCCUCCAGUACGAGCUGCCGAUAUUGGAGCCCCCGCGCUCCGGCUGCACUUGCGCUAGGGCGCGCCGCCUCGUAGGAGACUGUGAGGUAUCAUUGAAUAACUGCGAUCGCGCGCUGCCGGCGUCGCAGCGCGGCGACGUUCUCGUGGGUAAGGACGUGGCACCAGACGGGUGCUCCGUAUAGUGCCAUCGACCGCACGGGUACCAUCACCCUGCCUAUUUCUGCCGUGAAGCGGUGGUGUAUUUCGGUUUGAAGGGUGGGGCAGCGGUUGUAACUAUGCUGAGACCUUAGAACUUCUAUCUCAAGGUGUGUGGUGCGUUUGCGCUGUGGAUGUCUAUGGGUUCCAGUAACCACUUAGCACAAGGUGGGCUGUGAGCUCGUCCACACAUUAAUACGAAGAGCAUAAUCAAACGAAAUUAGAUACGAAGUUUAAAGGGCCGUUUAAAGUAGUUGAAGUAUUGGAUGGUGUCGAUUUAAUUUUGACUCUCACACAUUCGCUUAAGGCUCGAGCUACUACUUGCCUCACAAAAAUACAGCCUGCAAAACCUGAACAACCUCCUCAUCCGUGGGCGCCCAGCUCUCGCCUGCAAGUCGGCUGUUACGUGUGCGGUGAUGCGAGCCAUGUAGCUUCUGGAUGUUCCAUGCGCUACAAGAAGAAAAACGACACUGCUCCAGGUGCUGUGGCAGGUCCAACCAGAGACGUCAACUUGUGUUCCAGAGCUUCAGUGUGUUACAGAUAAGUGGUUUUGGCUUCCCCUUUAUGUUCCAUUCAGGGUCAGAAUGUAGUCUUAUAAAACAAAGUCAUAGUAAUUUAUUCAAUGGUAAGCGGUUUCAUGAACAAGUCACUCUUUGAUCUGAAAGUAACUUAGUCCAAUCAUGAUGGCAAGAGCACUUAGGGGAUAUUCAACUCGCCUUUAAUAGUGCACGUUGUCUAGUAACAGGGUUUACUCCAAUAGAAUAGAUGUUUGCCGUUCAGGGAAGUUCACUUGAAAUAUCUUAAAAUUUCAACAGAGUGAUAAUCCCUCUAGAUUAGAUCUUGAUUUAGCACGGUCGAAGACCGGCGAAAACAUAAAAAAAAGGGCACAAACAGAAGCUUGGUUUAGUCGAGGCAAAGCUAAAGUCAAACUCUUUUCCGCUGGGGAUUUUGUUUUCGUAAGUUGACCGAAAAUGUAAAGGUCCCUUCAACAUUACUGCAGUUUUGGAAAACGAUAGGUAUAAAUUGAGACAUGUAAAUAGUUCUAAUAGAUGUACAAAUUUCCCCAUGAAAACUUACGUGAAAUACCUCGAGGCCCAUCAGGCCUACUAGAAAUUUCUGAAAAUUAUAGUGACGAUGACGUGACGGCGUACACAGAUGGGUUAAUUAAUCUUGUUCAUGAAACUGAUCUUAAUGAUGACGACUCUAUCACUGACAAUAGAAGCGACAUUUUUGUCCACAAAUAGCGAUACAGCAAACAUAGUCUGUGGGUAGUGAUACAAUGUCUGUAAGCUCAGGCACCUCAGUUGCAGGUGUAGGUAAUGUAGAAAACGAUGGUCGGUCUCGCACUAUUUCUGAAGAAAUUCCGUAUAAAUGUUCUGGUUUAAGAAAUGUUUUAACAAACGCUACCGUACACGCAGAUUAGAAUUGUAUGUGGCUAGAGAGAUGUUAAUCCGGACUAGCAAAAAAAAAAAGAGAAAAAAAAAAAAAAAAAAGAAAGUGUGAAGUCAUUGAAGGGUCUGUCCGGUCCAAUGGCUUGGCUAUAGGGAUUUUCAUCCAGAUUAGCCACAACAAUUAGCUACAGGGAUUGCGAUUCGGUCUAGCAUUAUCCGGUCCAGUUCGAAAAAAGUUAAAAGGGACAUACUUACAUACCUGAAGAGUUUGAAAUGAACUGGCCCAGGUAUGUAAGCAGUCUGAAGGUUAUUUAUAGCCAGUAUAGGAUUUUCUGAAGAAUUAUGCGAACCGAACCGUACUAGAUUGUUAAUAUCAUAGACCACGUUUUAUGUUGUAUCCGUUAAUGUCAGGAUGAACGAACACGUUUGUUGUUCACAGACAUACCAUAAGAAUGCGCGCACGAGGACGAGCGCACGUCAGUAUGGCCGUGACGGCGUUAACGAUAUUUAUGUUAUAUAGCACGUGCAAUAGGAGUGACUCACACAAACCAGGUGCGCCGGCCGUGUCGUUCCACUCGUAAACAACAGCUGCAACAGAGGUGACUCAUAAGCCAGCUGCGCCGGCUAGUAUAAAAAGGCGGAACGUGCCUUGAAAUGAACAUUCGUUGGACUGCGCUUGCCUGGUGCACUUACUAUAUUCUUGUUACGUUGUGUGAUUCAGUGACUGUUGUACGUACUGGUUAAAGUUGGACAAGUGUUAAAGUGAAUUGUUACGAUAACAUAUUGUUGAUUAAAUCAGGAAUCAAAAAGUGACAUCGUUUUACUUGGUGUUCAACAAGAUAAUGUCUACCCUCAAGCCUACAAGUAUAUAUGGUGUGUCAAAUACAUGGUAGUGUCUGUAUUGUUUUAUUAUUGAUUUAAUGUAUUAUUAAUGCAUAAUUAAAAUAAAAUAUUAGCAUUCUGCA